UAUCCGCCCCCUCUCCUUCCCCUUCGCCCGCGAGGCCUGGGCCCCAGCCCGGCGGGCCCGCUCCGCCUCACGGAGGAACCGCCCGGCGCGCUCUCCGGGUUAGCCCGCUCUGCGGUUUACCCGGCGCGCCGCCCUGCGCGGGUCAGAGCUGGUGGCGGGGCCCCGCUUGCCGGAAGAGGAAGCCGAGGCUCUGAGAUUCCGAGUCCACCAACGUUCACUGGGCGCCCCCUGAGCGCUGGGUGCUGGCCUCCGGACUUCCACGUCCGUUAUCUUAAUUGAGCCUCGCUGGGGUUGGGAGCCGGGUAUUGCCCGGGCUUGCAGAUGAGGAAACGGAAGCCCGCAGAGGCGAAGGGAUCUGCCUAAAGUUCGACUGUGGCGGAUCGGAUUCGGACUGAGAUUUUUUUGGUUUCCCAGCCGGUGUUCUUUUCCUUCCUCCUGCCUCACUAGGUCGAUUCCCUCCCUGCUCACCGGCCCCUUCUCAUUCUAUUUCACACCCCCCGGGGCAGGAUAGAUACAUUUCUUUCCCUCGAGCCACCUCUCCCCUCACACACUUUCUCCUGAGACUUCCAAGACUUGGCAUCCCCCCAUUCUCCUCAACAUUCUCUGCUACACCUGUCCUCUUCUUCCCCAUUCAUAGCUUUCCAGAUCUUUGCCCCAGUCAGUGAUAAUGAACCUCUCAACUAACUGUGGACCCUGAAGAGUGAAAUAACUAGGCUUCAAUGAGGCGUGGGGUGUUCAAGUGGACGACUGUUUGGCUCUUGGAUUAAAAAUAAGAAUGACAUUUGAGUCCAUCCAGAUUCAGGAGUUCUGAAGUUAUUCUCUAACCCAAGAUGCUCUUCUCAGAGUGAGGUGCUUAGUGCAUGGGACGGUGUCUUGACAUCUUAGUCCAUUGUUCUUAUAUUAGCAUAACUUCACUGUGUUCCCUCCAUUUGCCCCUGAGCUUUUCUCACCACGUCUCUCUCCAUCACCUGCUUGGGCUAUGAGAGCCCAGCAUUAAAACUGAUAAUGAAAUAACAAGUGUAAUCACCGAUCCUCUUUUUUUUUUUUUUUUCCUUUUACUAAGUCAGAAUUUCAACAACUUAAUGCUUCCUUUUAUGGAAAAGUUAGCUGGAAAGGAAAGGAGCAAAAGUGGAACGCACUUAAAAUGGAUAGCACGUUCUUUGUCUUAUGAAAAAGGUUAUUAAAUGCAAAUUAGUUCCCUUUCCACAAAAAAUGGCCUGUUUAUAAUUCUUAUUGGUUGUUCUGAGUCUACUCCAUCUCCAACCAGCUCAAUAUGUAUUACGUAAAAUAAUGCAAAUGUAUUAUUAAUGUAAAAGCAGGAACAGAACCAAGCACACAAAUGAAUGUUAGUAAUCAUCUGUCAUUUUUGAGGAUUUGUAGUAGCCACCUGAGUGACCUCACGUUUGUGUGCCUUCUAUACUUUCUAAAGUUCUUCCAUAGUUUUCCUUAUAAUGUACAUCUAGAUGUCAGGAUUUACACUAUGGUUAGGAUAUCCUUUUGAGUAAAUUAGGCUAUACAUUUCAGAAAUUUUUUAAAAAUUAUGAUUUUGAUAAUCUAAAAUAUAGAUACAAAAUAAUUCAGGGAUUAUAUAUCACACCAAGAAGAAUGUUUCUAUGUCAAUGUUAAGUACUAUUUAGAUUUAAUCUUUCUGGCCACAUAUCCAUUUCAAUAAUGAUCAACAGCCUUAUAUCUUAUUUCAUUAUCCUGGUGAGCAGGAUUGGAUGGUGAGAAAAGGAAAGACUCCUGUGAGAAGAGAACAAGAUGAGCAGAGGGAUCUAUGCUUGAAGUUGAGUCACUUGAAAAAAGAUCUCUUUGAAUGUGGAAGAGAUCUGAGCAGAUGAAAAUACAAUCAGGAAAAUGCAACAUGGCAGCAGCAAUGGAAACAGAACAGCUGGGUGUUGAGAUCUUUGAAACUGCAGAUUGUGAGGAGAAUAUUGAAUCACAGGAUCGGCCUAAAUUGGAGCCAUUUUAUGUUGAGCGAUAUUCCUGGAGUCAGCUUAAAAAGCUCCUUGCUGAUACCAGAAAAUAUCAUGGCUACAUGAUGGCUAAGGCACCACAUGAUUUUAUGUUUGUGAAGAGGAAUGAUCCAGAUGGGCCUCAUUCAGACAGGAUCUAUUACCUUGCUAUGUCUGGUGAGAACAGAGAAAAUACACUGUUUUAUUCUGAAAUUCCCAAAACCAUCAACAGAGCAGCAGUCUUAAUGCUCUCUUGGAAGCCUCUUUUGGAUCUUUUUCAGGCAACACUGGACUAUGGAAUGUAUUCUCGAGAAGAAGAAUUAUUAAGAGAAAGAAAACGCAUUGGAACUGUUGGAAUUGCUUCCUAUGAUUAUCACCAAGGAAGUGGAACAUUUCUAUUUCAAGCUGGUAGUGGAAUUUAUCAUGUAAAAGAUGGAGGGCCACAAGGAUUUACUCAACAACCCUUACGGCCAAAUUUAGUAGAGACUAGCUGUCCCAACAUUCGCAUGGAUCCCAAAUUAUGCCCAGCUGAUCCAGACUGGAUUGCUUUUAUACAUAGCAAUGAUAUUUGGAUAUCCAACAUUGUAACCAGAGAAGAAAGAAGGCUCACCUAUGUGCACAAUGAGCUAGCCAACAUGGAAGAAGAUCCCAGAUCAGCUGGAGUUGCUACCUUUGUUCUUCAAGAAGAAUUUGAUAGAUAUUCGGGCUACUGGUGGUGUCCAGAAGCUGAAACAACUCCCAGUGGCAGCAAAAUUCUGAGAAUUCUAUAUGAAGAAAAUGAUGAGUCUGAGGUGGAAAUUAUUCAUGUUACAUCCCCUAUGUUGGAAACAAGGAGGGCAGAUUCAUUUCGUUAUCCUAAAACAGGCACAGCAAAUCCAAAAGUCACCUUUAAGAUGUCAGAAAUAAUGAUCGAUGCUGAAGGAAGGAUUAUCGAUGUCAUAGAUAAGGAACUGAUUCAACCCUUUGAGAUUCUGUUUGAAGGAGUUGAAUAUAUUGCCAGAGCUGGAUGGACUCCAGAGGGAAAAUAUGCUUGGUCCAUUCUACUAGAUCGCUCCCAGACUCGCCUACAGAUAGUGUUGAUCUCACCUGAAUUAUUUAUCCCAGUAGAAGAUGAUGCCAUGGAAAGACAGAGACUCAUCGAGUCGGUGCCUGACUCUGUGACACCACUAAUUAUCUAUGAAGAAACGACAGACAUCUGGAUAAAUAUCCAUGACAUCUUUCAUGUUUUUCCCCAAAGUCAUGAAGACGAAAUUGAAUUUAUUUUUGCCUCUGAAUGCAAAACAGGUUUCCGUCAUUUAUACAAAAUCACAUCCAUUUUAAAGGAGAGCAAAUAUAAACGAUCCAGUGGUGGGCUGCCUGCCCCAAGUGAUUUCAAGUGUCCUGUCAAAGAGGAAAUAGCAAUUACCAGUGGAGAAUGGGAAGUUCUUGGCCGGCACGGAUCUAAUAUCCAGGUUGAUGAAGUCAGGAAGCUGGUAUAUUUUGAAGGCACCAAGGACUCUCCUUUGGAACAUCACCUAUACGUGGUCAGUUAUGUAAACCCUGGGGAGGUGACAAGGCUGACUGACCGUGGCUAUUCCCACUCUUGCUGCAUCAGCCAGCAUUGUGACUUCUUCAUAAGCAAGUAUAGUAACCAGAAGAAUCCACACUGUGUGUCCCUUUACAAGCUAUCAAGUCCUGAAGAUGACCCAACUUGCAAAACAAAGGAAUUUUGGGCCACCAUUUUGGAUUCAGCAGGUCCUCUUCCUGACUACACCCCUCCAGAGAUUUUCUCUUUUGAAAGUACUACUGGAUUUACAUUGUAUGGGAUGCUGUACAAGCCUCAUGACCUACAACCUGGAAAGAAAUACCCCACUGUGCUGUUCAUAUAUGGUGGUCCUCAGGUGCAGUUGGUGAAUAAUCGGUUUAAAGGAGUCAAGUAUUUCCGCUUGAAUACCCUAGCCUCUCUGGGUUAUGUGGUUGUAGUGAUAGACAACAGGGGAUCCUGUCACCGAGGGCUUAAAUUUGAAGGCGCUUUUAAAUACAAAAUGGGCCAAAUAGAAAUUGACGAUCAGGUGGAAGGACUCCAAUAUCUAGCUUCUCAAUAUGAUUUCAUUGACUUAGAUCGUGUGGGCAUCCAUGGCUGGUCCUAUGGAGGAUACCUCUCCCUGAUGGCAUUAAUGCAGAGAUCGGAUAUCUUCAGGGUUGCUAUUGCUGGGGCCCCGGUCACUCUGUGGAUCUUCUAUGAUACAGGCUACACAGAACGUUAUAUGGGCCACCCUGACCAGAAUGAACAGGGCUAUUACUUAGGAUCUGUGGCCAUGCAAGCAGAAAAGUUUCCCUCUGAACCAAAUCGUUUACUACUUCUACAUGGAUUCUUGGAUGAGAAUGUCCAUUUUGCACACACCAGUAUAUUACUGAGUUUUUUAGUGAGGGCUGGAAAGCCAUAUGAUUUACAGAUCUAUCCUCAGGAGAGACACAGCAUAAGAGUCCCUGAAUCCGGAGAACAUUAUGAACUGCAUCUUCUGCACUACCUUCAAGAAAACCUUGGGUCGCGUAUUGCUGCUCUGAAAGUCAUAUAACUUUGACCUGUGUAGAACUCUGGUAUACACUGGCUGUUAACCAAAUGAGGAGGUUUAAUCGUUAGAAGACUUGGAAUUGAUCAUCACAUUUUGGUACCUGCCACAUAACAUCUACUUCUGAAAGUAUAUUUGGUGCCAUGCAGGCAUCUACAGCUCGUGGAUAGUAAUGUAAUACCUUAACCACACACACAAAAUUGAAUGACACAUAUUUCUAAAGGACCCAGAAAUACCAUGAGAAUUACUGAAAGAAAGACAUUAGCACCAUGUAUGCAUACUACCUUAUUUUCACUUCUUAAUAGCAUUAUAAACCUCAUGGACUUAGUGUAUUUUUACAGUAUACUUCUGAGUUUGUUAAAAUAUGAUGAUAUUAGUGAUUGGUUUGGUUCAAUUCCAGAAACUCUGACUAGUUACAGAUUUGAUAGCACUUAAAUGUAAUUGAAUAGCUUAUGCUUCAUUGCUUGGGGUGUAUCCAGCAUGUUAUGAACUAAUCACUAUUAAACCUAUGACUUAACCAGUCAUUAGUGAUUUUUCAAGGAUAACUUAGUGGCCUCCUAAAAACACUUAUUUCGUUUCAUUCAAGCUCUGACCAGUUUUAGCCAAUUUCAACUGUAUCUAGUAUAAAUAGUUCUCUCUGAUGAAAUGACAGAGUGGGUUUUCCUUUCAUACAAAGGCAAGUAACUGUACAUGUAGCAUGGUUUAAUUAGUCUUAUAAUAUUGAUAAUUACAGGCAGAAAAAUUUUAAUCAAAUGGUUAGAGCUUAAAUAUUUGCAGGCAAUUUCUUCUCCUUUAAGAAAAGGGAAAAGUACACAUUGACUUGUACUCUUCAGAAAAUUUAGUGGGGCCAGUUUCCAUUGGGUAUUUCCUUACUGAAAUGUUCCAGAGUUCUAGGGUGAUGGAAGGGAAUCGUGGUAGGGUGGGAGAUACCAGGGUGUGGAGAAUGACAGGGAGAGGAAAAGGAAAGGAUCUGCUUAAGAACUAAGUAGAAGUAAAAUUUGACCAAAAAUCCUCAUGAAAAAGUUUGGGGGGUGAAAUUUAAACUGCUAGAAUGUUAGUUAAGGAAACCAGAAUGAAGAAAUCACUGUCUUGCCAACACAGUUACAGACUAACAUUAUUCCUUAGUUAUUUUUCUAAUUCUCAUUUUUUGUUAUUUUCAUCUUUAUUUUGGUAACCUUACCAAUUUAAACUUUUUAAAUUAUUUGAGCAUCAUUUAGAUAUUGUGAGCUUAAAGAGGUUUCCAGACCACCUCCUUACCAGAAACGGAUCGCCGGCAAGCCAUGGCUCUAUUUUAAGUGUUCAGAGCCUCUAGGCAAUGUCUUAAAUGGCCAUGACAUUUUCCUGGUUUAGCCCUAGCACUCGACUGUUAAGGGAGCUCAUAGGCUUCCAGGUGCUGAUUGGAAUCUGUCAUCUUAAAGUCUUGGGGUGUUGUUGGGUCACUUUGCCAGUGGCAGAGAAGGCACCUAUGAGUUUGACCCUUUUUAUCAUAAGCCUCAGUGUUUGGAAAGUUGUUUCCAGGCCUUUUAAACAACGCUCUAAGAAAAAUUGCUCUUUUUCUUUCUCACCACUACAGAGAGUAGAUUUCUCCCAUAGAGAGCACAGCUUCCGUUAGUAAGGGUGAUGACUGUGUAUCAGAGGUGAAUUCAUCAUUGAGAGCCAGGUGGGAGGUGGGGGAGGUCCAGAAAUGGCAGGGAGACCUGGUGGUUCUGCCCUUGGGAAGGGGAUUGGGUUUUGCUGGUUGUGUAUUUAUACUGUAUCAUAGCUACCACACUUUUCCUAUUGUCUAUGUAUGUAUUGAUUUUCUUGUUCAUGAUAUUUUCCCAUGCCAAGGUGUGUUUAUAUUUUUUUCAAUGUUAAAUUAAAUUGAUUUGGGUAAUUCUUCUCCCAAGAAAGUAUUUUCCCCCUUGAUUUAAGUGUAUAUCUGACUAUCGAAGGUGGUUUUUGUUUGUGAACUGAUUGGCCUCCGGGGAUCAAUCCUUAUAUAAUAUGCAAAAUGGAAAUGGUAUACAGUGGUUUUUAGACAUUUACUCAUUUGAAACCUCUUACCCGUUAGGGCUGUUUCUUCAAAAUGGCAUCUCUCAUUUUACCAAAACAACCCUUUAAAGAGCCUCAUGUACUCUUGAACUCACCAGUGUUUUCCUUUUGCGUCUUGCCUGUCCUUUCCUCAUAUGACAGGGGUGCCUCUGUUAUAAUCCCCAGUGCAUUAAAUGCCAUUCUUCUUCUAUAGGGGGAAAAUAUGUGACUGAAUUCAUGUGCAGAAAGACAGUUUGGCUGCAACACUUUCUGGUAAGAGCCAGAAAGCACUGGGUUAGCCAUCAGAUGGGGUGGGUUUGGCAGGCUUGAUAAAUAGUUGCUCUGCGUUGUUGAGCAGUGGGACUGAGAAUCGAAGAUUCAUCUGGGAUGCUUAUCACUAAAAACAAGUGCAGUCUUGAACUUACUCUUAGAAGUCUGGAUUUGGUUGAUUUGGGUGGAGACCAGGAAUCUGCAUUUCUAACAGCCUUUCCAGGGUGAUUCUAAAGUUGUUCAUGGGCUACUUUGACAAAGUCUUCUAUAGAGAAUGGAAUUAGAUUGAGAAAAUAACAGGUGAUUUUUACACUGGACUGAUUUACAAACACCUAAAGCAAUAGCCAACGUAGCUUCUCCCCUGUCGUCACCGUCGGGCCCUUCUCUGAAAGAAGCGGAAGGUGUCGCGAACUAUGUACCCUCUUUGUCUGGAGAUUCAUUUUGGAAUGAAGGUUCUUCCCUCGAUGCCGUUGUUGGCUCAUUUCAAAAGCCUCAUACGAGAGGAUGAAGUCACAAUGCAUGCAUUACUUUUUAACAGGAUGAGAUAUAGAUACUGAUGCUUACUUUUUUUUACUACUUGUUUUAUUCCUUCCAGAAGGUAUGUCCCACCUGUCUGUAACAUAAUUCUCUCUUUAGGUGGAAUGACUCCUAUAAGAUCUCUCAUUAUUGUAGAAUCAUAAAUUUUUCAAGCUAUUAUAUCUUUGAUAUAAUCUAAUGUUCUCAUUGGUUAGAGGAGGAACCUACGUAUAAAGAGAGGAGAAAAUAUACCCCUGGCCAUGCAGCCAGGUAGUGUUCAGUUGGUACUAGACUCCAUCCAGAUGCCCUGACUCAUGGUAGUUAAAUGAUACGUAGACAAGGCAAAUUUUUAAAGAAGUAUUUAUUAAUAUAUUCCUAUGAAACAUUUUAAAGAUAACAUAAAAUGGUUAAUUUUUCCAUUCUAAAGUAAAUGCUAAGCAUGCUUAUUAAUGAAGCAGUACUUCUAAUUAGUAUAUGACAUUCUGAAGUUAAUUAAAGCUGUUACACUAAGUGUGUCUUCCUAGUAGUGGGGGAUUUGGGAAUUGGGAUGUAGAAUAGAGUGCUUACUUAAGCCUGGGAGCCUAACUUAGAGCUAUUUGAAGUAAGAAAAGAGACAUGGCCAUAUCUAAACUAAGAGAUUUGCAGGUGAGUGUCCAUUCCCAGCAGACAUAAAGGAAUAAGGAAACUUCCCUGACUUCCACUUUCCCAACCCUACCCAGCCUCGCCUAUCUGUCUUGCAGCCUACGAUAUGGAGACAUGUUAGUGUGAGGUGCUGGCUCCUGCUUUUCUUAUUUGGUCAAGAGACAGUUCUAGGUAAUCAUUUCAGAAGUCCCUCACAGAGAGAAAAAGUAAUAUUUGUAUGUUUAUUUUUGAAUAACCCAAAUACAAAUUUAUGUUGUAUUCAGCACAAUUGGAGUUCAGGUCUUUAAUUUUAGAACAUAAAGUGCCUGCUGUUUUAAGCAUUGACUUGUAUAAAAAGAAUUGCAUGUCUCACUCCAGUAAGUUUAUGGGUUUUCUCAUUUUCAGCUACAUGGCUUUUAAUCAUGUAAAGUGAAACACUAGUUUUGUUGCAUUUUAUUACAGGUUCUUUGUUGCAAUAAAGAUGCUGCUAAAAUUAA